UGGUUCAUAUCUCGAGCAACGCUGUUUAUUUUUAACAGAAGCUUUAAAGUCAGCGAUAAAUCCGUCAUUUAAUAUAACAGUUUAAUAUAUAGUUAAUAAUUAUACACAUCUACAGUCUAUCCUCAGGUUGGAAUCUAUCCGAGCCGUUUUUGUAUUGUUAUUUGUCAGGUUAAGGUGCAGACUUAAACUGCAGUAGGUUAACAGUAAACCGAAACAGUAACAUAUUAGUGUGGUGAAGCUGGAGUAAAAUUCAGACUGGGACACUAUUAGUGUUCUGGGUGCUCAUGGUUUACUGUAACUCUCUGUGGAAGCAGGUGCUGCUGUAUCCAAAAUUCAGAUUUUUCCGAAGUCACUUCAGGAUGACCUCAUCACAUCCUUUAGCAGCCGUAUGUCAAAUGACGUCCACCCCGGACAAGGAGGCCAACUUUACCACAUGCAAGCGUUUGGUGGAGCAAGCCAAGCAGAGUGGUGCAAGCAUGGUCUUUCUACCUGAGGCCUUUGAUUACAUUGGCUCAAACCGAGAGGAAACGCUACAGCUGUCUGAAAGCCUGCAGGGUGAUCUCAUCAGCAGAUACACCAAGUUGGCCCGGAUGCUGAAUGUGUGGCUGUCUCUAGGAGGUUUUCAUGAAAGAGGGCAUGACUGGGAGAACGACAGACGCAUCUAUAACUGCCACAUCAUUAUUAAUGAUCAAGGUGAGAUUGUAUCUGUGUACAGGAAGGGUCAUUUGUUUGAUGUGGAGUUGACUAGUAGAGGUGUUUCCCUGAAAGAGAGUGCCUUCACCAUUCCUGGACCAGGCUUAGUGCCACCUGUUCAAACGCCCAUUGGAAAGGUGGGACUUGGGAUUUGUUAUGAUCUGCGGUUCCCUGAGAUGUCAGUGGCUCUUCAGAGACAGGGGGCUGAAAUUCUCACUUAUCCGUCAGCUUUCACAGUGGCAACUGGCACUGCUCAUUGGGAGGUCCUUUUGCGAGCCAGAGCCAUUGAGACUCAGUGCUUUGUCCUGGCUGCUGCUCAGGUUGGAGCUCACCAUGCCAAGCGCUCAUCAUAUGGUCACGCCUUGGCCGUGGAUCCGUGGGGUGUGGUAAUGGCAGACUGUGGAGGAACAGACAGCGGUGUAGUUAUGGUGGAGAUUGAUGUGCAGAAAUUACAGAACACCAGAAAGGAUAUGCCAGUACAGCAGCAUCGGAGAGAGAAAGAGUACUACUCUGGUUUAGACUAAACAGAGACUAAACCCUCUGUUUAGUCCAACCAAGCAUCUUGUAGUCUAUAUAAAUUGCUUUUGCACUGUUACUGAGUAACUGUGACUAAAUUGCUAUUUAGUAGAUGAGGCCCGUCUAAUUCUUAUUAGGAAAUAACAGCAUGACAAACACCAUGACAAACACCACCACAACACAAGUCAGUUAUUACCCUGUACAAGGACGGUCCAGCGGUGGUUAUCUUGCUUAUACCAUGACCACUAGCCACGAUUAAAAGAGAGGUUUGGUGAACAGUAAACUUUAUAAAUCUUACUUUAGCUUUUACUUGGUGGUUGCUAUGGAUACACAUUGAUUAGCUGUAUUGUGGUGAGUUUAGAAUUUAUUAAGGUAAUGCACCCUAUAACAUGCAGGUAAUUACUAACCUUUUGAUUUAAAUAAAUUAUUUAAUUGCUCAUUUAAUUUAAGGUGAAGACAGAAAUUGGAAAGAGCAAAAUAUGAAUUUUAUUAAAAAACGGUAAUCUUACUCCUAAUGUAAUCUGUAACGUGACGGUGAUUUUAGAGAGUCUAUUACGAAUAAUUUUGUUAUUUUUUAGAGGAUUCAUGAUGAUUCAUGACGUUUUUCAUAUUUCUUAUUUUGUGCAACCCCACUUCAAAAAAGUUGAAACUGUAUGAAAAGUUAGAUAAAACAAACAGCAAUUAUUAAUAAAUUCUUGUUGAGCUAUAUUCAAACAAAUAUUGUACAAAGACAAGAUACUUAAUGUUUUAAUUAAGUUUCUUUAAUUGUUAUUUUUUAUUUACACUUAUUUAAUUUGCUAGUUGCAACUCAUUCCAAAAAGAUGUUACAGGGUAUGCUUACUACUGUAUUAGAGCACCUUAUCUCGUCUUCUGUAAUUGUUUGAAAAGUACAACUGUUGCCGUUUUAAAAGGGAUUUUUCUUUAUUUGUACCAAAUAUAGCACUUCAGCUGUUCAAUUUGGGGUCUACAUCGUUGUAUAUUACACCUCAUAUUACACUUUAUACUGAGCCAAACAGUUUUAAUCAGAAAAAGGUCUGGACUAGAGACAGGCCAGUCUAGCCUGCACUUAUUCGUCCAUGCUGUAACACAUGCAGAAUGUGCCUGGACAUCGUCUUGCUGAAACAAGCAGGGAUAUUCCUAAAAAAGACAUCGCUUAGAUAACAGAUGUUGGCCCAAAAUGCCCUUUGUAUGCAUGUUGUUGAUUUAUGUUGUCCACCUUUCUUAGCAGAAUAUUAAUUUGUAUUCAUUGCAAAGGCAUGUUGGUUUUCAGUGCCUUAUAGUCUGAGGGGUUAAAGAUGACAGGAUUUCAUUAUUUAUUUUAGAUCUUGCCCUGUAUGCAUCCCCCCAGAAUUCUCUAUCUUUCAAUAAUAAUAUGGACUGUAGAUGGUGAAAUCUCUUCAGAAAUUUUGCAUGAAGAAACAUUGUUUUUAAACUGUUGGACUAUUUGCUCACAUAUUACAUUUUACAUUUUCAGCAUUUAGCAGACGCUUUUAUCCAAAGCGACUUACACAAUGAGCUGAACACGAUGAGCAAUUGAGGGUUAAGGGCCUUGCUCAGGGACCCAACAGUGGCAACAUAGGUUGUCAAAGUGCUAAAGUCUGACCUGUCCUUGCUAGUAAACAGCAGCUUUAUGUUCAGGCUCAUUUAUACCUAAUCAUGACAGCAUCACCUGUUUUAUACAUUAAUACCAUAUAUGGCAUAUAUAGAUGUGCACACACCCCCCCCCCCCCUCCCCCAAUUUUCUCCCUAAUCUAGUAGUAUCCAAUUACCCUAAUUGCAUUACGCUUCCUCUGUACCAAUACUACACUCUAUCGCUGACUGAGGAGUGCCACAGUUGACACCCCCCCGACACGUGUGCAAUAACGUCUGCAUCUUUUCACAUGCAUGAGGCGAGUUCAGCUUUUGUGUACAGAGAGCCACACCUCUGAUCAGCAUUAUUCUUUGACUUUGUGCUGGUGCCAUUAAUCAGCCAGCAGAGGUCGUAGCUGCAUCAGUUAUGAGGAAGCCUGGUCUGGCUUUUCCACCCUGAACAACAGCCAAUUGUUGUUUAUGUAGCUGCUCAGCCCAGCCAGAUGGCAGACCUGAGUUUCGAACCAACGAGUUUGAAAUCUCAGCUCUGGUGUGCAACACAAUAUUUGAAUUGAAAAUGUAUUGUGAACCUGGUUAGUAAAAGGAUCUUAAUUCCAUUUUAAGUAGAUCUGUAUGUGAGUGAUAUAAUAAAACCCCUGUCACCAGCUUUGAGGCACAUGUUUUAGGGCCAUGUUAAGUACUGGAAUCUUGAAAGAUUGUGAUAUCAGAUGGUCUUUUCACUGCACUUUGAAGCAACACAGUCAUGCAGAUGUUUGAAGCGAGCUGUUUGCUUUGAUAAGUCUCUCCCAGUAAAUCAUGAGGUUUUUUCUCCUACAGGGUUUUUCUGUUAGACACAAUUAAACACAUGUAUUCAACAGAUUUCAUAAUGGUACAAGUAAAGUAAAUGUACUCAUAUUUUAAUUUGAAUAGGGUAAAAUGAAAUCAGUAGUUUUUGCUGUUACAAUAAUUUAAUACUGUUAGUUGCCAUCUGAUUGUAAUAAAGUUGUUAAAACAUAAAAAAUAUUCAUAGCACCAUAAAAUAAAGAUCUUCCAUCAAAGACA